UUUGACGUUUCGUUAUCAUUCUUCGGACUGUCUUCGAUGUCACGAGUCCUGGUACACAUCGCUCGUCGUUCGGUGGUGCGUGACCGCUGGUAUAUACUCGGUUACCGAUUCGCCUCGUCGCGUGUUGUCUUUCGUCGGGAGUGUUAGGAGUGCGAUAUAAACAGUGUGUUUUUCCAAGCGUUUCAAGUGCAUCGGUUGUGUCGCGUGCUUUUCAAGAACCUCCUCUCGAAGUCGAGAACAACGACAACUACGACGACGACGGUCCGUCGAGUUUUUCACUCGAGCCCGAUAAAAGAAGAAUCGAAAGGGACAGAGGAGGACAGAGAAAACGGACUAUUUAACACGCUCCUAAUAAUAGCCGGUGCGCGUUCGUACGCGAGUAUACUAAGCGCCUAUAAAUACACACCUACCACGGCCCGCGGAAACACGAGCCCGUGGAUUUCACGGUGCAACCUGCCACGAGGAGAUAGAAAAGACGCGAGUCGAAGGGAAAAGAGGGAGAAUAAUCUUGAAGGAGGGCGCACCUGGCGCUCUAAGAGAAACUUGCCAUAAUCGGAUCUAGUCGGAGGCAGUAACGCAAGUUAAUCGCGCAGCACGCGAGACGAGGAAACUGUAGAGAGAGACAGCAAUACGGAGCGAGAAAGACAGACACAACGAGGCAAUCGGUCCACCAGAGGCUGCUGCUGUUGCUGCUGGCGUUUCAGCCUCUGAAAGCAGAUUAGAGAAUAAUCGCAGCUGUGGAGUGAGAUUUUAUUAUUUCACGGAGAGUAUAUCCUUUCUUUUACUCUCGUAAUACGAGAAACAUCCCGUUGGAAUUCGUCGGCAGUCGAGCUUGCAGCAACUCUCUUACCAGCGGUAGCCUAAAAAUAUCUCCUUCCUGCAUAUUCUGACGCGUUUAUACCGUCACGAGUGUGGCGCGUUCUUCCUUUGUGUUGCUCUACGCUCUUCACCCCUCUGCUUUCUCCUCGUGCAAAACUACUUACUAUACGCGACCACUUUAACGCACCGGCUACGCGUCAGUUCCACUAUCCGCGACAGAAAAUCCCUAUAAUAACAGUCCAUUAUCGAUCUGCACGCCGCGCGGGAACGUGUUGGAUCGUUGAACUUCCACUCGACACGACGAACGAGACGUACCGGAAGAAGAUGCCUCGCAGAAAGUCGUACGCGAAGGAGCACCGUGGAUGACCAUCGAAAGGUAUGAAGAUCAUCGACGAAUUCAUCACAGCCGGUGGCUCGUACGCAGCAGAAUAUCCGCCGUCGGAACGAUUCUCCAUAGAACCCAGUCUGGUCCGUCGGCUGAGCGAUCGGUCCGCGGAUUCUUCACCGGUCAUCCGACAGAAUAAUUCCGUCGCGUGCUAAGGGAAAGGGAAUUGAAAAAUAUUGGUGAGUGAAACGAAGUGCACGGAAGAAAAGUGGUCCACGGUGGAGGGUGGAGGGAACGGUGUGCAAGGGGUCGCCGUGGGCCCCGGAGAUGACGCGAUGAUGGCCUACGGAGGAACCACCGCAAACGGAGGUGCGAUGGGACCUUCCUCCGGUGGUACGGAUGUUUUGGGCUCGACCGGUGAUUAUAGCCCGCAGGGAACCCCGACACCGCUCACGGGGCACGCCGCUGGAACAGUCGAGGUGACUACCUACGGUCCUGGAACGGGACCCACCAGUUACAGCCCUCAAGACAGCCCUGCGAGCUCCGCCGGCGGCGGUAGCGGUAGCAAUGGACAUCUUCCGAGCUUUGGAUUUACCCAGGAACAAGUCGCCUGCGUGUGCGAGGCGAUGGUGUCGUCUGUCCAGGUUCUCCAGCAGGCAGGCUCCGUGGAGAGGCUUGGCAGGUUCCUGUGGUCCCUGCCGGCGUGCACUAGGUUGCACCGACACGAGAGUGUGCUGAAAGCCAAGGCGAUCGUCGCCUUCCAUCGGGGUCACUUCAAGGAACUGUACAGGAUCCUUGAGAGUCAUACGUUCAGUCUGCACAAUCAUCAGAAACUGCAGGCUCUCUGGCUCAAGGCUCAUUACAUAGAGGCCGAGAGACUGAGAGGAAGGCCUCUUGGUGCAGUCGGGAAGUAUCGCGUUCGUCGCAAAUUUCCGCUGCCUCGAACAAUCUGGGAUGGCGAAGAGACGUCUUACUGCUUCAAGGAAAAAUCCAGGAGCGUCCUGAGGGAUUGGUACGCCACUAAUCCCUAUCCUUCACCCCGCGAGAAGCGGGAAUUGGCAGAAAGCACGGGACUUACCACUACGCAAGUCAGUAACUGGUUCAAGAACCGGAGACAAAGGGAUCGCGCGGCUGAACACAGUGGCCAACGGGAGGAUAAGACCCACGGUGGAGGCUUGGGUGACUCCAGUAGCGAAAGUGGCGACGAGGCGAAGAGGCAAGCGAUUAGCCAGCAACAGCAACAACAGCCACCCUCUUGCGCCGUUCAGCAACAGCAGCAGCAGCAACAGAUGGUCGAACAUCAGCAGUCGUCGAACAUGUACCAGCUUCCGCCUCCGGUCUCGGUGUCCAGUCCUCACUCGUAUCAUCAAGGCCAUGGCUCGACCUUGAGCCAUCCUCAUACGCCGACGCACCAUAUGCAGCACCACGAUACCGGAAGUGAGAGCGGCGACGAUAAACGGAAUCUUCAUCAUCAGCUGCAACAUCAUCUCCAGGUCGGUGCUCACGGUACUCACGGCUUGGUACAUCCCACGGCGACCUUGCCACCGCCACCACCCAGCUGUGCCCAGCAGAAGAGCCAGUUGGACUAUAUGCAGUACUAUAGUCCACAGGAUUACCUGAUCACACCGACCUCUGCGGAUCUCCAGAAGUCACUCCCGCACACGGCCACGUCGAUGCAGAUGGGUGCUAUAGCUCCUUCCAUGGGUGGGCUGAGCCCAAUGGGUCCAUCGACGAUGUUGCCGAACACGAUGCAAAGCGUGAACACGAUGAACACUAUGUCGAUGAACGGCAUGGGAAUGGGGGCGUACCAGGGCAUGGGUUCCAUGGGGAUGUCGACGUCGCACGGUAGUUAUCACAGCGGGCUGGUGUUGGGUGACUAUCACUCGUUGUGACCCUGGGCCCCGAGCAGUCAGGGCAAGAGGAAUCAAGAGAAAACUUAAAGGAAAAACAGAGAGAGAAAUAUAUGGAAAGGAAGAAUCUAGUUUUUCGAUUCGUAAAGGAUCUGGCCACGAAAUUUUAUCUGUGAGAAGAGAACCGUAUUAUUUUCGAGAUACCAUGGGCCAAUUCGUCCGCUCGUACUCGGCGAGGAGUCUGUCUGAGUUAGGUAAUUAGCGAGAACGUUUUCUUGCCUUUGUGAUCGUCGAUAUCGUAGGAAAAUGUUCUCGAUCGCGAGACUAAGCGUCGACUCGAAUCGACGGAUUUCUGUAGUCGAGGAUUAUAAUAGUAGGUACAUUGCCAGGGAACAUCGUUGCGAUUCUCCGUGACGUCGAUCGGAGAUUGGAAGUCGUUGAUCGUGCACUACGGAAGCACCUCGAUGCGCCGAUCGAGAUCUCCCUGAAUCUUCCGCUGGAAGGUUCUAGGCUCGUUUACGGCACGUCGGAGUUCGGAUAAACAUUUGCAAAAUACCUUUGACCGAAGCGUCCGCACACGCGUCAUGCCUCGACUUUUUAAUCGCGGCACACGCCCGAGAUGAUAACGAUUUUUCGACAAACGGGAUAAAAAGAAAGGUUCACCUGCGGUAUUGCACAUAUUACAUGCCCAUACACACGAAUACAUACACGAAUACGAACAACCACGUACAUUUCUCUCGCAGUUUUUGGGAGAGGGCUAUAUAUUAUAUAUAAUGCAUACGAUUAUACGAAUAGUAGCCGUGAGAAAACGGGGAAAAUCGAGGCAGCGGGGGAACGCUUCCGGGUGAAAAUAGCAAAAGACAUACUAGCAUUUUUUUUCUUUUUCCCAUAACGCCUUGCAAGACCGAGCUCUUGUUGCAUAUUUCCAGAAACACAUGCCUGAAACACGUCGUGUCUACUUUUACUUAUUUUCUUUUCUUUCCCCAUUUUCGCCAAUCCAACAAUCAUCACCACUAGCCCCCAUUAUCCCAUUCUAAUCUCGUAGCGUACCGCCCGUACCUAUGUCCUGAGAAGUAAGAGAACACACGCAUACGUUAUUUACGGUUACCAGUAGUCGGUUCAGACUGUACAAGCUUCAGCGUGUUGCCAGAAUUCUCCUGGACCUUGACGUAUGCCGUGUCAUAAUCUUCUUUCGAAGUCUUUCGAAAUUGAAAAACGGCGGGGCUCUAUGUCUGCUGGCCCAAAUAUUCCACUCGUUGCAUCGAAAAAGAAAAAGUAAAAAGAUUAGUAAAAUUCAGAGAAACUAUUCGUCAGCAUAGACUUCGUAGUUGAUCGGAAACAAUUAACCGUUUUGAAAGAAAUGUCUAAAAUACGGUUUUAAGUCAGAUGACUCAUAGAAUGUAAUUCCUAGACGCAAAGGUGGUAUUUAUUUUUAAAUAUCGGUGAAAUACCUGUUAUUCUUUUCUCUGUUAAAUGAAAAGGGGACAAAGAGAGAAGGCAACAUGGCCGACGUCGAUGGUCCAUGAGCUUCUCCUUCUCUUUGGUAGGAACGAUGUUUCAAAGAGGCAACACCGCGGAGCAGACAAAUUCUCCGGAAUAAUUUCUGAGGCGUGUACGGAUCUUAGCCACCCGCUAAUUAAUUAACGUCGCUAUAACGAACCACACACGCUCUUCACACCACCGAUCCUCUCACACCGUACGCUUCUGUGUUUGUCCUGUGUACAUAUGUAGAUAAUACACACACAACCUCACACACGUACUCGCAUAUAUACAUACAUACACGCAUAC